UCCACUCCACCAUCAUGGAAGGGCUGAUGGUCUCCGAUGCCAAUCUUACGGUAUACAUCCAUCCUUCCAUGGCCAACAAAAUACGGGGAGCCAUUCUUAGCCAGCUUAGCUCUCUCCUGUUCAAAUAUGAUGAAAUGUUUGAAGGAGUGUUAUUGGCUUACCAAGUCGAUGGCCGUAGUAGAAGUGCUAGGAUUCUUCCAGGUCUGGUCCCACAUAUUGGGGUGAAGUUGAGGGCAAGUUUGCUAUUGUUUUCUCCGAAGCCGAACAUGUUCAUAGAAGGGAAGGUUGUAAAGCUUGGCAGAGAGUCUGUGCAUGCCACUGUGCUUGGCUUUUCUUCAGCAGCAAUUAUGUUGGAAGAUAUACGUGCAGAGUUUAAGUAUAAGACUAGAGAUGGUGUAGGGACUUUUACUAGCAGAUAUAACAAGCACCAUUUGAUUAAGGUUGGUAGCAUCAUACGGUUCAUAGUGAAAAGUCUGGAUGAAGAAAUGCUUCACAUUUCUGGAUCGUUAGUUCCACCGAAUACUGGAUGCAUCUAUUGGUUAUCCAAACAUGAAGUUGACGAUGCAUCACAAAAAGAAAGAGGCAGGAAGAGGAAUCGAGUGGAUGGCGUCGAAGAGAACGCACUCGAACAGGAUCCAAGUUUCUUCCAUUCAUCUAAACGAAGCCGUCCUCAUAAAGACUAGAAAAGAAUGAUGGAACUCUCAAAGCAAUUUCUUCCAACCAAGUUUAUGCCAUAAAUCUCUAUUUUCUUAAGUUGUAGCAUCCUACUUCAAAAGCUUUUUGCAACUAUUUGUGGCUGAACGGUUUCCUGAUACGCUCAGCCUAAGCAUGGAUUGGAGUUCCCCCGCAGCAGAUUACAGCUCUCAAAGGAAAAAAGAAAUGCUUAUAAAAUUAAGAUUUCCUCAUUGUGAGAUCCUAAUAGGACUAUUUUUGACCUUAAUAGAAGUAAACCGAUACAUUACAAACAUGCCUGCUGAAGUUUAUUAUGACUCUAUAUUAUUGUUUAGGAUGCUACAGAUGGUGUAAUGCUCUCAAGUUCUUCAAGCAUUUUCUUUCUCCUUAA